AUGACUUCCAAGAGGCCAGUGGUUCUUCGCAUAGGCGAGGACAUCAAGUACAAUCAUGACUUUUACAACAACGUCUUUACUCAAAGAUUCGACGUCAUUGCAAACGAAGAGCCAGAUCGGGAAUCAUUCAUCAAAGCCCUGAAAGAAAAUAAAUAUGGCCAAUUCUCAGCGAUAUAUCGCCCACAUUUCCAAACAGGUGGCGAGAUGGGUCAAUGGGACGACGAGCUCAUUUCGCUUCUCCCCUCUUCAGUCCGCAUCUUUGCCUCCGCUGGCGCAGGCUUCAAUUGGGCUGAUGUUGACGCACUUGGCCGUCGGCGUAUCUGGUAUGCCAACGGCGCCGGUGCUAGCGACGAAGCUGUCUCUGAUACAGCUCUCUUCAUGAUCUUAUCCGUAUUCCGUAAUUUCUGGCAAUCACAGCGCGGUGCACGCACGUGUGAUCCUGAGCAAUUUCACGCCAUGCAUAAGCUCAUCGCAACCAUAUCCUACAACCCGCGUGGCCACAUCCUCGGCAUUGUCGGCCUGGGGAAUAUCAGUAAGCUGCUGGCCAGCAAGGCACGAUUGGCACUUGGUAUGAAGAUUCACUACUACGACGUGGUCCGUUCCCCACCGGAAAUAGAGGAAGAGCUCCAAGCCACAUACCAUUCAUCCCUCCACGAGCUUUUAGGUGUCACCGACUGUGUUACCUUGCAUACCCCUCUCAACGCGCAUACGCAAGAUCUUAUCAACACAGAAGCGUUCGCGGCUAUGAAGGACGGUGCGAGGCUUGUCAAUACAGCGCGGGGACAGAUCGUCAACGAAGACGCGCUGAUCAAGGCGUUGAGAAGUGGCAAGAUCUCAGCCGCAGGGCUGGACGUGCAUUAUCAUGAGCCUCAAGUGUCAAAGGAGCUGGCAGCGAUGGAUAAUGUCACGCUGACAUGUCACAACGGUGGGGCGGCAAUUACGACAAGAAUAAACUUUGAGCUGAUGGCUAUGGAGAACAUUCUGAGGGUGGUAGAGGAGAAUGGGGAGUUCUGUGGCGAGCCCACCACGGCGGUGAAUCGCAAGUCUUUCGAGGAAGCCACUAAAUAG